GCGGGGCGCAAAUACCGCACGUCCAUCUGCUCGUUGUCAUGGAGGAGCAAAGAUGGCGAUACUGGCCUACAGCCUGGGCAAACGGGAAAUAAAUCAGUAUUUUAGCAUUAAGAAUGCAAAAUUGCUGUCUCUCGUUGCUGUCAUUCUCCUCACCGUGUUCCACGCAGUCUCUCGGCAUUAUGGAGGCCGGGACACGUGUGAGUGGCUCCUAUCCAGUGGACGGUUCCUAGGAGACAAUGCAUGGCAGCCGUAUGGCUGCAUGAUGCACAAGUACAAAAGCAUUGAAGCAAAAGCUUGCCUCAACAAUAAAAGGAUAGCAUUCAUCGGGGACUCUCGAAUUCGUCAGCUCUUUUAUUCUUUCAUCCAGAUUAUCAACCCUGAGACAAAGGAAGAGGGGAACAAGCAUGAAAACAUUCCCUUUACAGAUAGAGAAUCCUCUGUGAAUGUGGACUUUUUAUGGCAUGCAGAAGUAAAUAAUUCUAUGAAAGAGCCGUUGACAUCAUGGACAGAGAAGCCCUCUUCCAAGCCAGAUGUCAUCAUCAUUGGUGCUGCUACUUGGUCCAUUAAACUGCACAGCGGCAGCAGCGAGUCACUCCUUCAAUACAAAGCAAACCUCACAUCUAUAGCAGCACCAUUGGAAAAACUAACUGAGCACAGUGAAGUCUUUUGGGUCAUACAGGGCCCUGUGUAUGAAAAGGUCUUGAGCGAGAAUCGUAAGAUGAUCACCAACGAGCAAAUUAACUUGUAUAAUGCAGCAGCACUCAGCGCUCUGAACAGCGGCAAGAGGAACGCCAAGACUAGGGUGAAGUUCCUGCAGGCCUCACGGCAAGCUGCCAUGGAGACCAUCACCCAGUCCGAAGAUGGCCUGCACCUUCCUGUGAGCGCAAGGAAUGUGGGUGCCAUGGUUCUGAUGAACUCCUUAUGCAACAAGAUCCUGAAGCCUAUCGAUGGGUCAUGUUGUCAGAGUGUUCCUCCACUGAGUGUGCUACAGAAACUGGCCGCUGGACUUUUCCUGGUAGCUGCUGUCUGCUUCCUGGUGUUGCAUGCACUCGGCUACACCGGGCACUGGAAGAGCAAGCCUGUGUCUGAUGUAGAGAGUGGAGAGGAGAAGAAACCUCCCACUGCUGCAGUUCCACUCAUCAUAAAGAACAUGUUACAGUCCAUCUGCAAGAUGGGUCUCAUCAUGCUUUACUUCUACCUGUGUGACCGUGCAGACAUCUUUAUGAAGGAGCAGAAGUUCUACACACACUCCACCUUCUUCAUCCCGCUCAUCUAUAUAUUUAUGCUGGGGUUUUUCUACAAUGAGAACACUAAAGAGGCCAAACUGCUGAACAGAGAACAGACUGAUGAAUGGAAGGGCUGGAUGCAGCUGGUUAUACUCGUCUAUCAUAUAUCCGGAGCCAGUGCUUUCAUACCUGUGUACAUGCAUGUCCGCGUCCUGGUAGCAGCUUAUCUCUUCCAGACAGGAUAUGGCCACUUCUCCUUCUUCUGGUUAAAGGGUGACUUUGGACUGUACAGAGUGUGCCAGGUUCUCUUUAGACUCAAUUUCCUGGUGGUAGUGCUCUGCCUUGUGAUGGACAGAUCAUACCAGUUCUACUACUUUGUGCCUCUGGUUACCUUUUGGUUUGUGAUCAUCUAUGCCACAAUGGCCAUGUGGCCACAGAUUCUGCAGAUAAAAGCCAAUGGCAGCAGUUUCUGGCACCUGGUACUUUUAUUGAAACUGUUGGGGUUACUUCUUUUUAUUUGCUUCUUUGCAUACUCACAGGGGUUCUUUGAGAGUAUUUUCUCCGUGUGGCCUGUUUCAAAGCUCUUUGAACUGCAAGGAAGUGUCCAUGAAUGGUGGUUCAGGUGGAAGCUAGACAGAUUUGCUGUCAUCAAUGGCAUGCUGUUCGCCUUUAUUUACCUGGUAUUGCAGAAAUGUCAGAUUCUAUCAGAGGGGAAAGGCGAGCCGCUCUUCUCCACCAAGAUUUCCAACUGCUUGCUCUUUGUAUCGGUGGUUUCCUUCAUAACAUAUUCCAUAUGGGCGAGUAGCUGUAAAGAUAAGACUAAAUGCAAUGAGAUGCAUCCCUACAUAUCUGUGGUGCAGAUUCUGGCGUUUGUUCUCAUCAGGAACAUUCCUGGUUAUGCACGUUCUUUGUACAGCUCAUUUUUUGCAUGGUUUGGAAAAAUCUCUUUAGAGCUCUUCAUCUGUCAGUACCACAUCUGGCUGGCGGCUGACACAAAGGGCAUCCUGGUACUUAUUCCCGGAAUCCCCUCCCUUAACAUCAUCAUCAGCACCUUCAUCUUCGUGUGCGUCGCUCACGAGAUCUCGCAGAUCACCAAUGACCUGGCCCAGGUGGCCAUUCCUAAAGACAGUGACGCUUUGCUCAAGAGACUGCUGGCGACUGGACUCUUCAUGGGACUCGUCCUCAUGCUGUCUAACAGCAGCUGGGCCUGAGACUGAAGGAGCUUAGCAUACAGACACCUGAGUGAGUUGAUUCUUUGGAACACAUCCUGAUUAAAAUUAAGUUUUAGGAACAGACUCAUUGCUGGCACAGUGCUGCUCACUGAACACAACCUGAGAAGCUCGUCUCAGAGCAAAGCCCAUGAUGCAGUGACUUCAUGAAGACAGUGAACACACAUUUUAUACAGAAUGUAUGCAGUGCCUUUUGAGUUCUGCAGUACGUGUGCUCACUGGCUGACUUUUCAAAUAAGACUAAAUCUGACAUCAACACCUGAAGGAAUGGAAACAACCUCUUUUCCGUCCAUGUUUUGUACAGUAUUUAAUUAUUUAAAUUAAGUUUACUUUGUACAGCGGUAUAUUUGUGUUGCCUUAAUGUCCUGUAUGUCACUUCUAGUUUCUUUUUUUUUUUUUUUUUUAAUGUUGAGCCCAUGUGGAUGAACUAUCAAUGGGGUUUUGUAUUUCACACCUCAUGCAGUACACAGUGCAUCAUAUGCCAACGGCUUCUUUUGUCACUGGACAGUUAAUUACUGUGUAAACAACCACUAUUGUUAAUGUUUGUAUAUUUUUAAUUAAUGCUUUCAACAGAUCUUAAUCCUCAUAAAUCUCAACCAGGGUAUCCAUGGGUCAGUAAUAAGUGUAACAAAAAAAACAUUCAUUCAUUUUUUUGUGGAAAAUUAAGGCUUUAGAGGCAUUAAAAAUAUGGGAACAUUUAUUUAUAUUUGCUAAUUUAAUGAAUUUGAAUACAUAAAAGCCAUCAAUAGCCUUUAGAAGAACAGAACUAUUUAUCUGGAUACUUCAUGUACUACUGUUAAUUUUGACAUCUACUAUUAUUUAUUGAAGUAUGCUGUGGUUACUUCCUGGAUUCUUGGUGGCUUUUACGUACUCAUAAACUGUAAAAAAAUUAGCUAAUUAUCUGAAGUACAUUCAGAUGUAAGAACAUAUUUUCAGAAAUUUCAACUAUCCACAGGUACAUCACUUCUGUCUAGUUGUUUGUCCAUUUUAUUUCUUUCUCCCCCCUUGCUACAGUGACCCUCCGCACUAGUAAUACUGACAUUUAAUAUACUUUAAUGCAUCAAGAAAGCUAGAUUUUUGAAACAACUCUUUUGAUAUUUACCUUUUAUGUAAACAUAACAGUGUAUUGGGUGUUUGAAAAUGCAUUAACAAUGCCUCAGCGACAUUAAAAAGGUCUUAAAAUAGAAUUUUCUUAUACCAAGUGAAAGGACACACGAUACUUAUCAGCAAAAGGGUCAAUGCAUGAACUACUGAAAGACUCUGUUUAUCCCAACACACUGUACAUUAAUGUACAUCUAGAGUUGUGUGACAGUUUAUUACCCUGUUAUUUAUUAUAACAUUUUUUACACAUAUCUUUAACCAAGUGAAGUAAAGGUGCUUUGUUGUUAUAAUCCUGUGAUUUGAAUAUUGAUGGUGAACCAAAAAAAACAAAACAAAAACAAAAAAACAGGCGAGAGGGAAAGUGCCACCGAUGAAGGAAGUAGGGAAAGGCUUUAAACAGUACAGGAGCUCCAUUAGACCAAUCUAAGCUAAGCUUUAGUGAAGUUAUGAAUUUUUAUAAGAAAAAUAGCAAAUCAUUUUUUUUGCUGUAUGUAUCUGCUUUCUACCAUUUACAUUUCAGUAAGCUAAUGCUAAAAAAAGCUAAACAUACUAUCCCCUGUAUUGUGAAUGUAAAUCUUUACUCUGUUACUGUAUAUUGAUGCUAUAAGGAGGUUGUGUUUUACCUUGUAAAGCUACUAACAGGGAGUUUAGAAAUACAGAGCUUUAAUCCUUCAACUGAAAGUGGGAAAGCAUGGGAGUAAAUUUAGACAAGUCACUUGUACACAUUUUCUUGUUUGUGACAAUGGCAGCUGGUAAAAUGUGGGUAAAGGGUAUAAAUCUAUGCUACAAGAUGGAGAGAAGUAGUUUUUCUAAGUCUGUUAAUUUUUUUUUUUUUUAGAGCAAUAGCAGUUUUAAGCAAUCCUGCUGGUGAAAGAGUAAAUCGGCUUAUUUGGUUAAAUUACAGCCAUGUUUAUCUGAUCUAAUUCUCCAUUUGGAUUUAUUUAUGCUGUUUGGUAACAUUAUUUGGGAACUGUAGAAUAAGGGUGUAUAGUGUCCUUAUUUGCGUAGAUAGAUUUUUAUUUAUAUUGUGCCAAUACAAUCUUCAUCAUCCUCAUCGAAGGGCCACUAGCUGGAUGCUAGCUACAAUUAUCAGACAUUUGUAAUUUAAUUUUGUACCAUAGCUUCAUUUUAUAGUCAUAGUAUUUUGCAGAUGUACAAAGUCUGCGCUAUUUUAGCCUUUUCUUCCAUUAUAGGAAGACAAGAUAAAAAGCAAACAAGAUCUUGUGUAAAAGUAAGCCUUUUAUUUCUUGAAGUGGCGUUUAAGCCAAACUGCAGCUAUAAUCUGAUGGAUUCACUCCACCUUACAGCUAUUUAUCCAAUUAUAAAUGUGUGGAUUUUAUUUUUUAAGACUUUGUUCAAAUGUAUUAUAUAGUUUAGUUUGGACCUCUGUAAAAAAAAAUAAAAUAAUAAGAUUCAUGCCAUGCUGAUGUAAAUAUAAUCAUUUUGUCCUGAAAUGUGAAAAGGAUGUAUUUUCUUUUAGAAAUGCUGGUUUGUUGUUAAAUCAUUGUCAGUGAUAAAACACCUUGCUGAACAUA